CAAUUGCACCACCACGUUCUUCCCUUUCAAUCGCCGCCAUUAUGAGUACUUUGCGACUACAAAAGCGGCUGGCAGCCAGUGUCCUUAAGUGUGGAAAAAAGAAGAUUUGGUUGGAUCCUAAUGAGACAAAUGAAAUUGCUAAUGCCAACUCACGUCAAAAUAUCCGUAAGCUCGUCAAAGAUGGUUUGAUCAUCAAAAAGCCACAGAUCAUCCACAGCCGUGCUCGUGUUCGAAAGGCAGAUGAAGCCAGAAAGAAGGGUCGGCAUAGCGGCUAUGGUAAAAGAAAAGGUACAGCGAAUGCACGUAUGCCUGAAAAGACCAUCUGGAUGAGACGUAUGCGAGUGCUCAGAAGGUUGCUUCGAAAAUACAGAGAGGCAAAAAAGAUCGACAACCACAUGUACCAUAAUCUGUACAUGAAGGCCAAGGGUAAUGUGUUCAAAAACAAGAGAGUCUUGAUGGAAUACAUACACAGGAAGAAGGCUGAGAAGCAACGUGCCAAACUCCUUAGUGACCAAGCUGAGGCUCGCCGCAUGAAGAACAAGGCUGCGAAGCAAAGACGCGAGGAACGUUUGGAGCAAAAACGCAAGGAUUUGAUCCAGCAAUUUGCAAAAGAGGAAGAGGCAGCAAAAUAAAUGUUAAUAAUCCUUCAUUAUGUUUGAAUAAAACUUGUUUUGUGAGGGCAA